CCUCGCCCCCGCCCAGAGCCGGGCGGAGGGUGGCGGUCCUCGGCCUCGCGGGUCCCCGCUCCGGGAAGCUGCUCCGAGCCGGGUGCUGUUGCUAAUGAGCUCUCUCUCCUCCCCUCUUGCAAUGAAAGACAAGCCAGCCCCAGGUACCUGGAUGGAUUGAGAGCUGAAAGCUCAGAAACUUCAUAAUAAGUUGCCAAUGGCUACCAGCCAGGGUCAGCUGGCCCCCAUUAGUACCUGUCCCCACCAGAGCAGACCAAAUAACCUUCUCCACAGUUAACACCUCAGUAGCUUUAUUUUCCAGUCCAGUCGUACAAUUGUCACUUUAAGGCCAUAUGAAAAGAAAUCUCUUUUAUUGGUCUGAGAUGCCAAGUCCAGUCCCAGAGAGGAAACAUGUUUCCAGCUAACAUGUCCACCUCCUGAUGUUAUUUUAUCUUUACAACACAGGCUGGAGGGUUGUUUUCAGUCGUGUUGAGUGCACCACACAUUAAGGGCCCUUUAAAGACCUGGAUUGAUUGGAAGGACAAAAAUUAAAGGCAAUCUGACCCGGCCUCAUGCUGGGUCCCUGCGGAUUUUCUCCUUAUCCCAUUUCCACCCACUGUCACAAUUUGAGAAUCUGCCUGAUUUGAUCAGGUUCACCUCCGGGGGAGGUGUGAUGCCAAGGUUAGGAGGACGCAAAGUUAUGGGCAACUUUUUGACCCACCCAUCAGCAGUCUGAGAAACGCUGGCUCUGAAUUUUCUGUAUCGGCCUUUCGGAAAAACAAGUUCCUUGCUGCUUGCAAACCUUCAGCGCUUGAGAUCCUGGGACAUCCCAGCUACCAUCAUCUGGUAGAUGUGGCAUUUCCAUGCUGAGCCCGAGAGUCCCUCCUGACCCGGUUGCUGCCUCUCCAGGGCCUCUCUGGGCUGGGCCCCCGCGGCCUGCGCAGCCAUGCUGCACCUGCUGGCUCUCUUCCUGCACUGCCUCUCGCUGGCCUCUGGGGACUACGACAUCUGCAAAUCCUGGGUGACCACGGAUGAGGGCCCCACCUGGGAGUUCUACGCCUGCCAGCCCAAGGUGAUGCGCCUGAAGGACUACGUCAAGGUGAAGGUGGAGCCCUCGGGCAUCACAUGCGGAGACCCCCCGGAGAGGUUCUGCUCCCACGAGAACCCCUACCUGUGCAGCAACGAGUGUGACGCCUCCAACCCAGACCUGGCCCACCCACCCCGGCUCAUGUUUGACAAGGAGGACGAGGGACUGGCCACCUACUGGCAGAGCAUCACGUGGAGCCGCUACCCCAGCCCGCUGGAAGCCAACAUCACCCUGUCGUGGAACAAGAGCGUGGAGCUGACGGACGACGUGGUGAUGACCUUCGAGUAUGGCCGGCCCACGGUCAUGGUCCUCGAGAAGUCCCUGGACAACGGGCGCACAUGGCAGCCCUACCAGUUCUACGCCGAGGACUGCAUGGAGGCCUUCGGCAUGUCCGCCCGCCGCGCCCGCGACAUGUCAUCCUCCAGCGCCCACCGGGUGCUCUGCACCGAGGAGUACUCGCGCUGGGCGGGCUCCAAGAAGGAGAAGCACGUGCGCUUCGAGGUGCGGGACCGCUUCGCCAUCUUCGCCGGCCCGGAUCUGCGCAACAUGGACAACCUGUACACGCGGCUGGAGAGCGCCAAGGGCCUCAAGGAGUUCUUCACCCUCACCGACCUGCGCAUGCGACUGCUGCGCCCGGCCCUGGGCGGCACCUACGUGCAGCGGGAGAACCUCUACAAGUACUUCUACGCCAUUUCCAACAUCGAGGUCAUUGGCAGGUGCAAGUGCAACCUGCACGCCAACCUGUGCUCCGUGCGCGAGGGCAGCCUGCAGUGCGAGUGUGAGCACAACACCACCGGCCCCGACUGCGGCAAGUGCAAGAAGAACUUCCGCACCCGCUCCUGGCGGGCCGGCUCCUACCUGCCGCUGCCCCACGGCUCUCCCAAUGCCUGUGCCGCUGCAGGCUCCUUUGGCAACUGUGAGUGCUACGGCCACUCCAACCGCUGCAGCUACAUCGACUUCCUGAACGUGGUGACCUGCGUCAGCUGCAAGCACAACACGAGAGGCCAGCACUGCCAGCACUGCCGUCUGGGCUACUACCGCAACGGCUCGGCCGAGCUGGACGACGAGAACGUCUGUAUCGAGUGUAACUGCAACCAGAUCGGCUCUGUGCACGACCGGUGCAACGAGACCGGCUUCUGCGAGUGCCGCGAGGGCGCGGCGGGGCCCAAGUGCGACGACUGCCUCCCCACGCACUACUGGCGCCAAGGCUGCUACCCCAACGUGUGCGACGACGACCAGCUGCUGUGCCAGAACGGCGGCACCUGCGUGCAGAACCAGCGCUGCGCCUGCCCGCGCGGCUACACCGGCGUGCGCUGCGAGCAGCCCCGCUGCGACCGCGACGACGGCGGCGGCGGCGGCCCGGACUGCGACCGCGCGCCCGGGGCUGCCGCGCGCCCCGCCCCCCUGCUCGGCUGCCUGCUGCUGCUGGGGCUGGCCGCGCGCCUGGGCCGCUGAGCCCUGCGGGGCUGGGGUCCCGGGGACCGGCCGGCGUCCCAGGCCGGCGGCGAGAAGGGUGCGGCCCGGCUGCUCCCAGGUGCUACUCGGCAGUCCUCCCGCCACGCAGCGGCGGCGAUCUCGGGUUUAGUUUUUCUUUUGUAUUACCCGCCGUCCUUCCUUUUUUUUUUUUUUUGCUGGCGGUGAGACGGGGUCGGGAGAAACGCUGCUCGCCCAGCACCCCCAAGUCCUGCCUCCCCACACUUGCGCACAGGACUGUUGCAGACACCCCUGCGCCUGUCCCGGGUUCGCCAUCAGCUGCGGACCCGGAACCCCAGUUGCCUACAACUCUAGUCGCUGACUUGAUUCUCUUUUAUAUUAUUUUCCUUGCAACCCACCAGAACUCAGGCCCCACUGAGGCCUGGUGACCGAGGACCUCACCGUCGCGGGGAGGGGUAGAAGGAAGGGUUGGGAGGGCUGGAAACUUCGUUUUGUAGAGAACUAUUUUUGUUUGUAUUAACUGCCCCCUGCAAGGAGGGACAUGGGUGGGAAUGCUGGUCACCAGGGGGUUGAUGGUGUAUAAUCCGACAGAGUAAAGAGUCGCUCACUGCUGC